AUGGACCUCUCGCCAAACAUUUAUAGAGGUGCCGAUUUAUUGAAAGUGAGGAAUGAACUUGAGUCACAAUUGAGACAAACAAGUUACACUACAUUUGAAGACUUCAAGAAAUAUUUAUUGAAAGGAUUGGAAGAAACUGUUCGUGUUCUUCCACUCAUCGAUUAUCAAAAUUUCCAAAUGAAUAUUUCUGUUUUACACAGCGAGUCAACACAAGAAGCACUCGACAAUAUCAGUAAAAGUUUUGAUGUUCCUAUUAUUAAUUGUGAAGAUGUUGUUUCAAAAAAUUCAACUGGUAUUGUGGACUCUGGAACUUUAUUAAAAACUUUUGCUAUUACAAAUUGUAUUCCGACUCCUCCAACAAUUCAAACAAGAAAUGCGACACAUGUUGAUUAUAGCCAGGCUACCGAGAACAAAUCUCAAAAUACCAACGAUUCGACCAAAGAAGAAAUAAAAUUCACUGUGUUUGAGAUCGAACAAUUGGAAAAAAUGAAACACAUUAAAGAGCUCCUCAAACCAGAGAAUAAAUACUCCGCCGAGUACAUCGCACAAGAAACAAACAAAGAAGUUCAAAGGCGACUUGGUAAAAAUGUUGAUAAUUAUUCAACAACAAAUGAUGCUGGAAAUGAAAGAGGCAGCUUUAUAACAAUGAUGGCUGCAUUGAUGAUGGGAGCAUGUGGGUUGACAAAUAAUCAAAUUGAUGCUAUGUCAAAAUUGAUAUCCAUAAUAUUACUAAUGUUCAAUGUUCCUAAAAAAAAGUCGUUAACACUGCUAUGA